AUGUCUUCAUCAGGGACAUCUCAACCUUCUCGAGAGGAUGAAAAGGCUUUCAGCCGUAUGUUCACCGGCGGAGAAGUCUUCAAGCCUCUGAAUGAGGAGCAAAUGCGGAAGCCCGAUCUUGAGCAGGCUCAUGAAGCCACGGAAACAGAGCCAACUCCUACCCGUGAAGAAGCAGACGCGCUACGAGCAGAAAACCUGAAACUCGAAACCCAGAUCUGCUCGCUACAGGCCCUGAUGCGCGAUCAAAACAAGAAGAUCCGAGAGCUUGCCGGUGAUCUUCGCCAGGCAUGCAAAGAGCGCGACGAGAUCAUCCAGGUGGCGGAGAAGAUGAAGCAUCAGCGAGAACUGAAGCCGAGGCAGAUACAAAAAGCUUUGAACGGAAUCUCUAAGAUCUUGAAAGGACUAACUCCGUUUCGGCAGAAUGAAGAACUACAAUGGCAUGACCCACAGCCCGAUCCCGACGAUAUCGCCAUUGCUACUUGA